GCGCGAAACGCGAAAGAAAUGGGGGCUAUGCUGGACCUCCGAUUAUUCUCCAACUCCAAACCCUUUCCUGUUGGUUCUUCCAAUGAGUUUGAAGCUCAAAGCGCUGACCGAACCAUCUGCGGAACCUAACCCUAACCCUAAUGGCAGUGCUGUAAAGAGACUGACUUUCGAUUUAGGAAAUGGAAGCGAAGUCGUAUAUAUACCCAAGUUCUUUCCUUUUAAUCAGGCGUGGAACUGGUUCGAUUACCUCAACAAUGAGAUCCCUUGGGCCAGGCCUACCAUUCGCGUCUUCGGACGCUCUUGCGUCCAGCCUAGAGACACAUGCUAUAUUGCAAGUCCAGGACUGCCCGAUCUGAUUUACAGUGGAUAUCAGCCACAUGCCUAUUCUUGGAAUGAUUAUGCUCCGCUUAAGGAAAUCUUGGAUGCGCUCCAUAAGGCUCUUCCUGGGAGUAGCUUUAAUAGCUUGCUCUUGAACAGAUAUAAAGGUGGUAAUGACUGUGUUGGUUGGCACGCUGAUGAUGAGAAGCUCUAUGGAUCGAUGCCGGAAAUUGCUUCAGUAUCCUUUGGAUGUGAACGUGAAUUCUUCUUGAAGAAGAAACCCAGUAAGAGAUCUCACGUGUCAAAAGAACUUGGUGAAGAACCAGCAAGCAAGCGGUCCAAGAAGAGUAGCCAUACCAAUCAGCACUCAUUCACGCUUAAGCAUGGAUCACUAUUGGUAAUGAGGGGCAACACUCAACGAGAUUGGCUCCAUUCAGUGCCUAAGCGUGCAAAAGUAGAGGCAACUCGUAUUAACCUCACCUUCAGGCAUGUCGUUUGAUGGGACCUUCGGCUAAAAGAGAAUUGUUUUUCAUUGGGCUUUGUUGAAUUGUCUGUAGGCAGGCGUUGAGGUACCUGGUGUAACAAGGUGCCACAAGGUAUCUUAAAUUUUGUUAGGAGAUAGAAUGUAUGGUUUUCCUGACAACUUGAUAUGGACACUGAAAGGUUAAGGAUCUUUGUAGCUUUUAAUGCGAUAUGAAUCUGUGUAUAGUUCAUAACAAUUGUCAGUUUUCUCUGUUGUAGUGUUAUUAUAAUUUAUCGCAAUCGAAGUUGGCUUUA